AUGAAGCAGCAUUAUCUUGAGUUAGCCCAACAACUUGUUGCUACAGAGAAUGGCUGGCAUUUUAGUGCACUCCAUACUACUGCCCAGCAAAUCCAGGAUUUUCAGAUUGAAGACAUGGCAGCUAAAAUACGUACACUUGCCCCAGAUCUGUGGGAUUUGAUAAUGGUUGUUAUAAUCUCAAUCAUCAUGCAUUCACUCAGCCAGAAAUGUAAUGCGCUCGCAGCAGUCAAUGGAAUAUUUCUCCAUUCGUGCAACACUCCUGACAAGGUCAUCAAGGCCCUUGCUCACAUGGGAAUUUCAAUUUCUCCAUACACUAUUGAGACUGCCAUCCAAUCUCUAUCCCGACAAAGUGCGAAAGCGAUUCGCGAGUUGGGGCAAUCAUUAGUAGCUGCAUACGGAUAUGACAAUUUCAACAUCAACCUUCCUACAAUGACACCAAAAGUUGAUAAAUCAUCCGAGACUCUGCUGCACUUAACUUCUGAUGACAUACUUUUUCUUAACCAUGCUAUGGAUAUUAAUCAAUCUCGUGUUGAUGGGAACAUUGAGGCAAUCUCAAACUUACUCUCACAGGGAGGCGUAGGAGAUCCUGCUGAACAGAUAACACAUGGGCAGCCAAAUUCCACACUAGUCGACAUUUCUGAAUAUGUUGCUUUGGUCCAUGGUGACUUGAGCACCUGUGAAAGGAUUCAGUCCAUUCUCAAGGUUCGAAGCAUCGAGAAGACACCUUGGCGACAUUAUCAAUUCGUUAUCUUUGUUCCGGGACUCUUUCAUUUGAAGAUGGUCUGUGCAGACGCAAUCUGGAGGCUCCUCAUUCAACCACCCAGCUCACGUCAUGAUGACAAUAGCUUGAUGCAUUACAUUGAUGUCCUGCAUCCAAAGGAGACAGGGAAGAUAGGCUCGAGUCCAAAAUUUCAUCAGAUGCAUGACGUGAUCAAUCAUGCAGGUAUAGCAUUGCACCUUGACACUUGGCACAUUGAGGCUGUGAAACGGAAUGCAGAUUGGAAAACCCUGGAGGAUCUCACUGAUUCUGAUCCAUCAAUAGAAGACCUGUGCUGCAUUGCUGAUGAUCUUGCACGGCACUAUGUUCACAGCGAAGGUCAUGCAAUCUACAUCACACGGCGGCAACCAUCCCAUGCUCUGGAGACCUUACUUCUGAUUUGGAUCGCAUUAUUUAAGGCUACCGGCAAACAUAAGUAUGCUAAUCAGAUGAUGAAAUUCAUGACUGACCUGCAUUUUGUAUAUCCCGACCGCCUGAGACGUGCUAUCAGGAUGAAUAUCUUGGUGAAUCCUACCAGCAAACCAUUUGCAUUCCGUGCUGUUGACUGGGUUGUCGAGCUGAACAACCUGUUCACAAAGGACAAAUACGGUGGUGAAGGCCUGAACUACAUAAAAGAUCGCAUCAUCACAGAAUCACUGAACAUCCUGGUGUAUCGCAGUUGCACUCGUAAUGCAGAGCGCAAUUAUCAUCUGAACGGAUUAAGUUCAGCCUAUGGCGAGCAGGAUAUGGUAAAGGCUUUAUGUGUGCUGCAGGCUUACAUGCAGGAACACCAGCCAAACUGA